AUGGAGCGCGAAAGUGACGAAGAUAUUGCAGACUCUGCCAAGAAAGGGAGUGACGGCUGUCGUAUAAAGACGAUGGUCGUCAUUGCCACGGUAAUGAGUCUUGGCGUCCUUCUUGUUGGACUUGUUGGUUUCCUUCCCAUGCAUUUUACCGGCUUCACUGCAGCCUGGCGUACGACCAAGAUGGUUCACUCACAAGCUGUCACUGGUCUGUUGGCCACAGUUAACAAUUCCGUUAUGCAACUGCCAAACCUCAUCAACACUAUUGCAACCAAUUACAUAAUGGCACCCUCAUCUAAUGAGUCAUUUUUCCCAGAGAGCAAAACGAAGCUCUUGUUUGCUUUGGCCAACAUUCUGUCCAAAAAAACAUAUCGUGAUAUGGUUGGCUACUUCUUGGUAGUGAAGGCUGAACCAGCUGAUGAUACGUGGGGUGUUCUUGCCGCCGCGUUCCUUGAUGAAGAAGAAAUUGGUGGAGCUGUGAUGCACGGUCUGGAGCCAGUACCCAUAUGCCGCAUCGAUCCUGAAACGGCUAACUACAGUGUUCCUAUACAGACCCUUGCGGCAUACAACAUCAGUCUGAACUUAACCCUGUCUCGGGAUGAUGGUCCCUAUAAAACGGUUGUGUUGCCAUGGAAUGAGAAUAGAAUUCGCGGCAUUCCGUGGAGAAAACGUUGGUUUACAACGGGCUUUAACAUCUCAUCUAUGUACUUUGACUACGUUCUGCCCUUCGUUACAAACGGCAACUUGGGGUUUUGGGAGGCAGGUAUGCGAAGGGAGGCACUCAACCAACAGACUGUGCAAGCGCUGUGGAGGGCUUUACGCGACAAUGGACGUGUCAUGGUCUUUGAUCCCACAACUGGUAUUGUCCUAACGAAUAAUUGGAACCAGUUAUCAUCAACUCGAGAAAAUGUAUCUGGUAGUUGGAUCUGGGUUCCACUCACGAUUGACAUUAUCAACGAUCCACUUAUGCAGACAAUGAUCCACCGAGUGCGUAGUCAGGGCAACUUUACGGAAUUCAUGGAGGGAUUUGACAGAAAAGAGCUUUCCUUCACAUUCCAAGGAGGGGCUGCGUACGCGCGCAUACUGCGGCUGACGGAUAAAUAUGGCCUCGAUAUCUUAUUGUGCAUUGCGACAUUGAAGUCCGAUUUCUUUCGCGAUGUCUUCUUGGCGCGCACGGUUGUGUCCGUCGCCGUGAGUGUAUCAGUUGGGAUUGUUGCAUUGUUCGCCAUUGUGAUAGCGUACUUUGUGGUAAAGCCGUUACAGCACUUGGUCCCAGCGCUCAAACGGGCAUCAAACCUCCAACUCCGCGGUGGUUGCUGUGAAGAUGACGAAAACAACGAUGCCUGGCAAAAAUCUAGCAUUGCCGAGGUACGGGAUAUUCAACACGGUUACGCCGAACUCACACGACAGCUUAGCAUAGUCAAGACAUUUGUUCCGGAGUCUAUUCUCGCUGCACCCAGCGGUAGCAGGGAACGUGCAUUCUCUCGUCAAGGUUCUGAGACACUGAAACAAAUGCAUACAAAACCGUCGGACUCAACUCUGAGAACAGUAUCGGAAAUUGAGAUCAUGGAGCAAAAUGGCUUUGCAAAGCUGCGGCAGGAAAUGAGACUCAAUAGUAGAGUCUUCAAGGAGCAGCCUAACGCGUUCGUGAGGCGGUACUGCACGUUAGUACUAAUAGAAAAUGCCCAACCAUUCUCACUUGAUGCAUACUUCCACAACAUUCUCACCUGUGCUGCUGAACUAAACGGCUGCGUGGAGUACUUGCGUCCCGACCGAACACUUGUGAGCUUUGGCGCACACUCGCCGCUUCCUAUGCAUUCUAUCAAGGGAUGCCGAUUCGCGAUUGAGUUAUUUACCAAACUGAGAUAUCAGGAACAGGAGACUGUCACUAUUCUAGUGGAUUCCAACGAAUUUCUCGUUGGAACUUGUGGUGCUCAUUCGAGGAACGCGCGUGUUGUGGUUGGCGUUAUGAACCUCUACGAACUUACAAAAGUUGUGAAGGAAUUAGGGUGCCGUCUUGUUGCCACUGCGGGAACGGCCACUCAGCUUCAGGAGAGUCAGGUCUUUCCCGUCGAUUGCGUUCUGCUGUCUUCUUCAUCAGUGCCGGUGGUUCUUUCAGAGAUUCGAAUACAGGGCUCUUCGUCGCAAAACAUGAUAAACACGGCGAAACAUUUUCGACUUGGUUUCGCAGCUAUGCGUCAAGGAUGCUACAAGCAAGCUAUGGCGCACUACCAGCGUGUGGGAAAGUCUGACCCUCAGGCCCAACGACUUGUUCGAUUAUGCGCACAGAAGUGCUUACUGAAGGACGCUACACCUUAUGUACGAUUGUCGAAUGAUCCGUACAGUAUCAACAUGUACUCGCCAGGUACUCCACUGGAAGAGCCAUCUGAUGACGCGUGUCCCCACACAAAACAGAUACAAAAAGAUGAGAGGUUCGACAUGAAAUGUGAUACUAAGGAUCAAAACGAAUCAGCUGUUGAAAACAGUGAAGCGCUAUUUGAGAUGUAUCAGUCUUCUUCUUCUUCCGAAUCCCUUCAGCCAUGUGAUGAUGGCUGCACCGGUGCAGAUGAUGUACCCCUAUUUCUGCCGGACAUGAACCAGAGAGUGUGGACCCGUUCCCUGAACAAGAUCAGUGAGGGGGCGUUCAGUGCAGUGUUUCUUGGAAUGUCGGAGGACGGUGUCCAAGUGGCUAUCAAGUGCAUCCCACGGCGGCGGCGUGACAUCAUGCAAGAGUCACUGGAGGCGGAAAUGAACGUUGCGUCAAAGCUUCGUCACCCGAAUAUUGUUCAGUACGUGUCGUGCAGCGUGGUGAAGUCCCACCUCGCCAUCAUGAUGGAAUACGUCCCUGGUGGAUCGCUUCACACGGUGAUAAAGAACUUUGGGCGUGUGAGCCCACUGGUGGCGCGGCGGUUUACUGUGGACAUUCUGAACGGUCUGAAUUAUCUCCACAGCCUUGGCAUCGUGCACUGCGAUGUGAAACCGCAUAAUGUACUACUGGGAAUGGAUGGAGUGUGCAAACUGUCGGACUUCGGUUCGACCAUCUCUGAAGCAACGGAUAUGGCGCGGACGAUGGUGGAUGAGGUGACACUGCGUGGCACAGCGCUCUACAUGGCCCCUGAGGUAGCGGGUGGGGGACGCUGCACGCCCCAGUCAGAUAUCUUCUCGCUGGGGAUCUCGCUGCUGGAGAUGCUGCUUGGGCGGUUGCCGUGGCGGUGGAGCAGCAAGGCUCCUGAAGGGAGUGAUGCGGCGCUUCUGCAUAUUGUACUUAAGCGAGACACUUUGCUUGUGCAGAGCCUUGCCCGCGGGCACCUGGAGCCUGAGAUCCCCGACUCUCUUGACCGCGAGGCGGCGUUUUUCGUGCGCUCUUGCUGCCACCCUGACCCCUCAAUGAGACCCUCUGCCUUGGGCCUCCUUUCAUAUGCCUUUGUUUUGUAA